AUGCAGCUACUCGACCUACCUGACGACGUGCUCAUUCUCAUCUUCUCCCAUCUUUACGACAAGCAUGCGCUCAAUGUCGCUCUCGCCUCCAAGCGUCUUGCAGAACUCGCGCUCCCUCGCGUCGCCGCGGUAAUCAACUGCUGGAAACCCUCAAUGCUCCGCAGGCUACAUGCUUACAUGCUCGACGACCAAAAUCCCCGCGCACAAUAUCUCCAGCACCUGACGGUGGAAGUGCACACCUUCGGUGAAUACGACUCCGACGCGUCUGAUGAUGCAUCUAGCGUUCAUUCCGACGACCACACCUACUAUGCUGCCAAUUUCUCGCAGGCAAACCUCCUCGGCGACCUCCUUCUACGUGCACAAAACAUAUGCGAGCUCUCGAUGGAACGCUUUCAGCCAUGCCUGCUCCGCGACCCGCGGAUCGGCACCGCCCUCGCAUCCAUGACUCGCCUGGCCAACAUACGACUCUCCACGCUCGGGGAUGGCGCGCUCUCCAUAUUGGGCUCCUUUGCAUCUGAUCUUAGACGACUCACCCUGUCGUACUACGACGAUGACGAUUACCCUCUUGAGGGCGAAACCCAAACGUUGCCCCCGCUUCUCUCCGCCCUGGCUCCCUUCCGACAUCUCCAAAUCGUCAAGCUAUGGAACUUCACGCCAUCUAUUUCGUGGGGAGAUGACUUCGAUCCCCCACAGUUCCCCUCGAUCACCUACCUCCGGCUCUCGGACUGCACUGCACCUGCGCUCGACAUGGUCGAGCUCUGCCCGAACCUGUCUACGCUGAUCUAUUCCACCGAUUUUCAGGAGUUCAUUGUCGCACCUGUACGGCCACGUGCGGGGCGUCCCUGGCCGCCUCUCAAACGGCUCACGCUGGGCGAGCACGAGGACAUUGUCAGCGUGGUGGAUCGCCUGAGCCACGUCGAACUACUCCAGAUCAGCGGCGAGUUGCGGGUACCGAGCUCUAACGAUAGCGAAGAUAUCACGCGUUUUAUCGAUCUUUUGCGUGUCACGUCCCUCAGGGAGCUCUACCUCUCCGUCGUGGUCCCGAAUACGCCUAUGGCGUUCUUGCACACGAUCCCGCGGGUCGCACCCAAACUACACGUUCUGGAGCUCAAAGUCAGCACACCAGAGCCUCACCUGGAGUACGCCGGCUGGCUGGACAACCUCCCGGAAGCGCUCCACGGCCUACCCAUACAGAGCCUGCGCCUAUACGUCCCGCGGCUUGGGUACGCGGGCGUUCAGCGCUUCUAUCCCGCCGAGGUUGAGUACGACGACGCGGACGACAAGGCGUCGCGCGCGGAGGCGCACAUCAUGGAAAAGCGCCGGGUCGAGUCCAUGCGCGCACUCCCGCAGCGCCUCGUGGACGCGAUGCCUGCGCUGCGCUGCCUCGCCAUCUUGGACGAGGGCCCGAACGAGGACAACCUGGAGGCGAGCUCAGCGGAGGACGAGGAACGCGUCUCUGGUGAAGGUGCAGAGAAGGAAAAGGUGGAUGGGGAAAGCGAUGGGUCCGAGGCUGAUGCCUCAGAGACGGGCGCCCCGGUGUAUGAGUGGGACGAGCUGAGGCGGACGGAUUGGAUCCGGAACCACCAGUGGUGGCGCGUCGUGGACGGCGCUGAAGGGCGGACACUGGAGGCGACCUCGGUGGACGAAGGCGACCGUUUACAGCAGAAAAUCCUCGAGCAAGACCCUCUGGGCACUGUCACCGAGAGUAUGCACACGUUAUCCGUAUAGCUAUCAAAUGUUUUCUGGAGUUGAGAGAGGCAGGUUGGCCGUAGUCGCCAGUCACCGAAAUACGCUUACAUGUCUGCUAUUGCGCAGUGCUGACCCACUCUGAAUCCUGCAGGGGUGCUCAGUUUCCGAACUCUCUUUCACCGCGAGCCUGAGGGAACCGCACGAUUAUAAGGGACCGUCUAUAAAAUUUGAACUGGUUUUCGAAUGAGCGAAUUUAAAUUAAUACGG